AGAAGAACAGCUGAAAGAGAGGAGAGAGAGAGAGAAAGAAAGAGAGGGAGAGAUGGCAGAGUGAGAAAUGUAUGUGAGAGAGAGUGUGUGUGGAUAUAAUAUCUCCUACCUGUCUCUGUCAGUCUGCGCUCAGUUACUGCUGCGGCACACACACACACACACACACACACACACACACACACAAAACACACACAACACACACACACUGUUCAGGGUUCAUCUGCGGGCUGAGCUGGAAAAGAUUACUUUUUUUCUGCUUUUUUGUGAAGAAGGAGAUCUGAUCUGAGUGAAGAAGGAUCUGCUAAGCGGACGAACACACACACACACACACACACACACACACACACACGGUCGCCGUGUGUCUCUCCAUCUUCUUCCCAUUCCGGAGUUUUUUCCUUCAGUCCUUUCAGCCGAAAUCGCGACUUACAUUUUUAACGCUCGAUGAACUCGAUGAAGGAUCCGCUGAGUUUAGAACAUCAUCACCACCACCAUCACCACCACCACCAUCCCAUCUCAGGAGGUUCCAAACUGAUCUCGGCUUUCCACAUGGCCACCAAACACGGAGUGGAGGGAAACACGGACACACACAGUCCCGAAGCCGCAGAAAAAGAAAAAGUCCAAAGUAAAAACGAAGAUUCCUCCGAUGACCCGUCGAAGAAGAAGCGCCAGCGGCGGCAGAGGACGCACUUCACCAGCCAGCAGCUGCAGGAGCUCGAGGCCACAUUCCAGCGGAACCGUUACCCGGACAUGAGCACGCGCGAGGAGAUCGCCGUCUGGACCAACCUCACGGAGGCGCGAGUCCGGGUUUGGUUUAAGAACCGUCGCGCCAAAUGGCGGAAACGCGAGCGGAACCAGCAGGCCGAACUCUGUAAGAACGGCUUCGGCGCGCAGUUUAACGGCUUGGUGCAGCCCUACGACGACGUGUACCCGAGCUACACGUACAACAACUGGGCUGCGGCGGCUAAAGGGCUCGGUCCGGCCUCGCUCUCGGCCAAGAGCUUCCCGUUCUUCAACUCCAUGAACUCCAUCAGCCCGCUGUCCUCGCAGGCGAUGUUCUCCGCCGCGCCGCCGCCGCCUCCACCGCCUCCCCCUGCGCCGAGCUCCAUCUCCUCCAUGAGCAUGAGCAUGAGCUCCGGCAUGGCCGUGCCCGCGUCUGGUCUCAACGGCCUCAACGGCCUCAACAACCUCAACAACCUCGGCAACGCGUCUCUCAACUCCCCCGCCACCGCGUGUCCGUACGCCCCGCCGACCCCGCCCUACGUCUACCGGGACACGUGUAACUCCAGCCUGGCGAGUCUGAGACUCAAAGCCAAGCAGCACUCGAGCUUCGGCUACGCGGGAGUCCAGAACGCAGCCACGAACCUCAGCGCGUGUCAGUACGCCGUGGACAGACCCGUCUAGACGCGCAGGAUGACGGGAGGGAACAAACCGCGCAAUUUACAAAUUCUAACAAUAUUAUAAUAAUAAUUAAGAACUAAGAACAAAUUUCCAGAAACAGACAUGUUUUCGAUUUUAUUUUCCAGUCACAGAUAAAUAAAUAAAUAAAUAAUAAAAUAAAAUAAAUAAAAGCGCACGGAGAAAUAAAUGACUGGAUAUCUCGGGAAUCCCUGGACUACAUCUUUUGUUUUUAAUUAGUAAAAUUAUUUUCAUUUUCUUCCAAAUGAAACCUGGCGCUAUACAGGCGAAAGAUUUAAAGCACCACUGAGGCUCAUCAUCAUCAUCAUCAUCAUCAUCUUCGUCCUCCUCUUUGCUCCUCCUAAUCGCCGUCCAGAUGGAGUUUGUUUUCAACAAGAAGAAGAUGGACUUUACACAGAAAAGUGUUGCGCGGCGGCUUGGCUGGAACACAGACCAAGAAAACAACAACAACAUACAAACAACAAACACAUCAUCAUUAAGCUCGAUUUUUUUUUCAUCUUCUAGACUUUCAGUGACUGGACUUCCGGUGUAAAUAUGUGUCUGAAUCCUGAAUCUCAUCUCCAGGUUUGUAGAGGCUUCCAGGCCUUUGGUUUUAAAAAGAAAAAGUAAAAAAAGAUCACUUUAACAGCGCAUGUGAUGAAAAUGUCUUGCUUGUAGCUGCAGUUGGAGGGAAAAUGUACAUAAACUGAGCAGCUGCAGUUCUACUGCUUAUACAUUUAUUAUUAAAUGUCUGUUGUGAAUAUAGAUUUAGAAUAGAAAACAAAAACCCAAAAAUGUUGCUGCGGGGAUAAAAAUGAAUGAAUUUGGUUUCUGCUCUGUGUACAGUACUACUAUUUGGUACAGAUUCUUCCUUUUUUUUUUUUUUUUUUUGCAACAGCCAAAAAUAAUAAACUAUUGUGUUUUAUUUAAUGGAAGUAAACGCGCUGUUUGGUCAGGAUUUUGUGUACAGGGCGAUGUGUCUGUGUGUGUGUUUGAAUACACACCUUAUUACCAAAUACACAACAUGAAGCGUGUCAGACGUCCAGACCUGAUUAGACCUGAUUAGACCUGAUUAGUGUCCCAGUUCAAUAUACAUGUUGGAGCAGAAGAACUGAUCGGUCAGGCGAGAAACAACAAGAACACAAAGCAAUUAAAGUCUUAAGUAGAAGGUAUUUGAUUUAUUGUGGGCCCCUGGCACUGCCUAAAGUCUGCUGUUUUACACCAUUAAAUCGUCUGCAGGUCUUUAAUUAAAAGAAAAAAUAAUAAUAAUUUUAAAAAGCAGAACAUCGUGUUUUUAUUGUUUGCCAAUUCGCGUCGCCUGCAAAUUGUGUUUAUUUCUAUUAUCGGGUAAAUAACAAGAACUCAAAGUAUUUCAAAUCCAAACUCUCAUCUGCAGGUCGAGCAAAAGAAAAAAAAACGUAUAAAAUAUAUGUUAUUUGUUUCUUUUUAAAGGAGAAUCGAUAUAAAGGAAAUGCGCAAACACACAAUUUCUCCUAAACGCUGUGCAAACGAGCCGCGGCGCGUGCGCGCGCAUAAACUCAGCAGAUUAGCGGGUUAGCAUUUAGUUUAAAAAAAAAGAAAGAAGAAGAAUAAAAAGAAGGAGGAUUAAAGUAUUCAGCAUGGGCCACAUUUUCUCACGUAAGUAACAAGUUUUGUUAAAGAAUUUACAAAUUUGGAAUGAAGUCGCAAGAAAAAGAAAAAAAAAACAACGCGACGAAACUCCUUUAACCUUCUACCGAGUCCCGAGUUUUCACAGUGGAGCUGUUUGGAGCUGUUUGGAGCUGCUUGGAGAUCAAACUGAGUAUUUUCCAUACUAAUAAAACCAUUAUGGGCAAGUGUUAAUAUCAUGUGUAAUAAAGUGAAUUAGCUGUGAUC